AUGAAACACGAUAAGACAAGUUCGGGGGAAGAGCCACAAAAACUAGACCUCGCAGCCUUGCUUUGUGACCAUAUGGGAGUACAAACAGUCGAUGCUUACAAGAGAAGAGGACGGAGCGAUACGGAAGAGAGAGAGGGGUGUAGUGGCACGCAGACCCUGCGUGCUCCACCAGACACACACACACAGAUGCAAGAAGUUACGCAUGCGGUUCAACUUCCAGCUAUUGAUACGUCUCAAAACGUCGAGGUCGACGUCACUGUCCUCCUUUCAGUGCGAAGUUCAGCGAGGAGGCUCAGUACGAAAUUGUUUGCCUCUCAAUUUAUGAGGUGCCAA